AUGGAAGUUUGGUUACCUGUAGCAACUGCUUCAAACUUACUAGUUUCCAACCUCGGACGCAUCAAAAACAAAAAUGCCCAUGUUAAUCAUAUCAAUGACAUCAAACACGAUAAUCGGGCUGAUAAUUUGGAAUGGGUAACUCCCAAAGAAAGUGCCGAACGUAGGGUAUUUCCAAAUCACAGCCGUAUCGGAUCCAGAAAAAUUGUGCAGAAAACGUUAAACGGAAAUGUUGUUCAGGUUUGGGAUUCUAUUCACCUCGCCAGUAGUACACUCAAAAUUUCAGAAUGUUGUAGUGGGAAGCAAAAAACUUCUGGUGUCUGGCGUUGGAUGUAUUAUGAAGAUUACAUAGAACUAGAUCUAAAUGAAGAAUGGAGAGAAAUAGAGCUCAAUUCACGAAAAUUCAGAGUUUCAUCUCUCGGAAGAGUUCAGUUAUCAAAUGGUGAAAUAACCCAAGGUUCAUUGCAUAUAGGUUAUCGAAAAAUCGCUCGAGAAGGAUAUCUUGUUCGUCGCUUGAUAGCAUUUUGUUACAAAGAAGGAAAAGAAUAUGUAAAUCAUAUUGACGAGAAUCCUACACAGAAAGAAAACACCCAACAUGCCUGUACGUCUUGGGCUUCGAGUCAUAUCAGCCAGUUGCGAGACGUACUCAUCACCCGCCAGACGUACUAUUGGGCUAGCAAAAGGCCAGGAUAUUUUCUCCAUUCUCGUACAUCCACCGAGACGUACUCAUCACCCGCCAGACGUACUAUUGGGCUAGAACAUUUAGAAAUCGACUUCAAUAUGGAUUGGGUACCCCCAGAGCUUCUUAAGGACAUUGUUGACAAUUAUUUCUUCGCAAAUAUGUGGCACGACUGGACCCUUGUUGGAUUUCUUGAGACUAAGAGAAGUCAAAUCCUGGCUGGCCUUCAAAAGACAAAUGUACAUCAUUCAUAUAAGAAAGGAUUACAAUUGAUUUUGGAUGCAGAACCGCCCGAAGACGUUUCCUUCGUCAUCAUGAAACAACUAACACAAAAAAUAACGGAAAGUGAAGAAGUCAAAAUGUUCUGGAAAGCAAUAACUGUUAAGAAGAAAUAUAGGGAACAGUUAACUAAUAUCAAAGCCAGUGCUUCAUUCGAAAGUGAUGUUCUCAAUGUUCGUGGGAAAAGAUUUGCUGAAGAAAUUGAUGAUGUGGUCCAACGAGAUGUAAAGAGAGUAGAACUUGGAAAUGACAUUGAAAAUAUUAGCACACCCACAAGAAUUAAAUUUAAUGCUCAAAGCGAAGAAGUAGAAAAUGGAGAAUACGAAAAAUUUAAUAUGAUAUCUUCUAAAGUUAUUCCGGGGUUUAAAUCCCUUAAAAAUAUUAUUAAUAUAAGAUAUCCUGAGAUAGUAAACGAGAUCGAAACUUAUGAGAAAGAACAGAAAAGGCUAACUAGCCUAGGAACAACUCUUAAGGUAUGGUUGCAAAAAACUUUAUCAUCAACCACUUCAGAGGAGUUACAUAAAUACCUUAUAGAACAAUUGCAAGGCAAAAAUAUCACAGACCGAGACAAGAAAUUACAUGAAAUAUUUGAGUUAACAUUAAAGGAAUUUUAUUUAAUGGUUAAAUAUAAUCCAAACCAUGCUCUUGUAAGACAUAAUUCAGAGAGAAAAUUUCUCGUUGAAAGGGUGUCAACACCUUUUAAACUCGUCGAAUAUGUGUUUGGAACCAUUAUGACAUACUGGAUUGAAAAAGAAAUAAUGUCAACAAAGGCAACAGAGUUCGUAGAUAAUCCAGUUGAUGAGCCAAUAUCCAAAAAAGCUGAUGCACUGGUCACAGAUCUUGCAUAUAAUAUAGACGUGAUGAAUAUGGAAUCAUCAGGAGGUUCCUUUCAACAAGAUAGAAAACAUACUCUCGAGAAUUCGGAAAAGAUAUCCAAUACUGGAGUAAACAUUCUUCUCACAAGUCUCCGAAAGUAUCUUGGUGCUAGUGUUGAGACCGCCAAGAAACUUAAAGCAUUCAAUAUUCAAAUCGUUAGUAUGCAAAUUAUUUUUCAUAUUAUAUACAGUCAAUUUCAUAAGUAA